AUGUUCUACAACGACAAGCUUGUCAAGAAUGAGAAGAAGAAGAUUGAUCUGAGCGGUGCCACCGGUCUGACUGCCAACUAUGCCGCGUUUCCAAAAGAAAAGACCUCAUGCGAGGAGCUGCAGAAUAUCGCAAGAAGUGGUAAGGAGAAAGCAUUGCUUCAGAAGAGUGAGACUCGAAAGAAAGUCGAAGGCGCUCUCACAAUCAUCUCCGAUUACUCGCUGGUCGUGGAUGUACUUAUACAACAUCACCCAGAUAUCACGGCCUUGGUGUGGGGAUCUUUCCGUUUCUUGUUAAUGAUUGUCGUCGCCGAGCUGGAGUUGGCUGCUGCGUUGGGCAAUGCUUUGGCCGACGUCGUACGAGUUGUGACUCGAUGCAAGGAGCAUCUAACGACCUUCGAGGGGUCCAAGAAUAUCUUCGAAGCUGUCACGGAGUUGUUUGCUUACAUACUGAAGCUACUGAUCAAAGCUACCCUGUAUUUCCUGAAGCCAACGGCCCUUCGCAUCCUGAUUGCCGGUCUCACUAGUAAAUCUAUCGCUUUUGAGAACUUGAGAGUACAGAUUGCAGAUUUGUCUCUGCGUUUAGACAGGGAAAUUGUAGUCUCCUCGGAAUCCAAGCAUGCAGAAUUCAGGAAGGCACAAACUGAUGCGGUCAAAGAAGCCAAGGCUGAAUAUGCCCUUCAGAACAGCUUUAGAGAAGCGAACAAGAAUGUGCCUGUGGAGAUCUCGGAGCAGACAAUGCUGAUCAAGCAGCUGCCCAAGGAGAAAGUCGAGGAAAUGAACACGCGGUUCGAGCGAAUCCUACGCUGGCUCCGAUACUCUGCCUCGACCAAGCCCUUCGCUCAAGAGUGGUCAGCAGGAACCUGCCGCUGGAUAUUUGAAUCAGCCGAAUACAAGCGCUGGGAAUCCGAGGGAAAUCACACACCUCUGUGGGUAUUUGGCAUUCCAGGCUGCGGCAAGACAGUGCUAGCACAUUACAUGGUACAUGCACGGAACGAUCUAGUCCUCGGGCAUUUUUACCAGAGGACAUUGCAAGACAGCCUCACCGCCUACAACCUGACGGCCGCCGUACUGGGUCAGAUCAUCUCUAGGGCAUAUCGCCAGCCAGACCACAACUUUCGACUCAUGAUCACAAGAAUGUGGAGAUUAUUUUCCCACUACGACACCAGUAAGGAUUGCCCCUUGGAUAGCCUCUGGGACUGCCUCGGCGACAUUCUUGAUCUACUGCCCAGGUACACGCUUGUAGUCGAUGGGAUUGACGAGUGCCACACCGAGAAGGAAGCAGUUCCAAUGCUCAAGCGCCUGGUGACAAUGGCCUCCAAGGCCAAUUCUCGUGUAGUUAUCUUGUCUCGCGAGCAUCACUUGUUCAAGGAACCACUGCAGUCAGCCACCCACAUUCCCAUGAAUCUGGUCACCAUGAUGCCGGAGAUUCUCCGAUUCGUGCAACUCGAAGUUGACAAGCAUCCAUCGUUACACGAGUUCCAGGACAGGAUUCUUGCCAAGACCCAGGAUCAUGCCCAAGGCAUGUUUUUGUGGGCGCGCCUGAUGUUGGACUAUCUUAAACGAGCUCCCACACGUAACGAACGCCUGAGACGCCUGAAAAAAUUCCCCCAAGGACUCACACCGGUUUAUCAACAGUUGCAGCGUGAAACCGGAGAACAGUUGGACUCCACUGAGUUGCUCCUGAGACACGAGCUUUUUCUCACCCUUGCGGCUUCCGUGCGACCCCUCCAACUCGCCGAAGUUUCCGAAGUCAUCGCUCUGCAGGUUGGGAAGCCUCAGGUUGAUGAAUACGACCGCCUUGAUGAUACGCAAGAUACUCUACAUUCCCUCUGCUGGCCGUUCAUAUCCUUUUCUGACGACCGGGUCAAAUUGAUGCACGAGUCGGUGAGAGAAUAUCUCUACGAACCAAUGCCUUCAGAUCUUGAUCACCCUGAGAACAAAUAUCUCAUCCAUUUCACCCGUCAGGCUUCUGAUGCCUACCUCGCAGCUAAAUGUCUGACAGAGCUCAAUCUGGAAAAAUACAAGUCUCGAUCGAAGAUAGUGGAACUUGUCCGUGGCCACAUCUACCCGGAUGCUCCAAAAGUCCAGGAUGUCAGUGGCCUCAUCAUCGACGACGUUUUUUACGAGUACGCGGCCUUGAAUUGGCACAAACAUCUCACCGCUGUCGACGAUCCCGAAGACGCACUUAUGCAACAACUCGAGGACUUCAUUCAAGGCCCACAAUUCAUCACUUGGGCAGAAACAAUGUUUCUCUUGAAGGACAAACUGGACUCGGGAUCCGUGGUCGAUGCUCGGGCUGCGUUGAAAAGGUGGCUCGAGACGCUUCCGCCCGCUUCUCGAGAACAAGUCCACCUGGAAGCAUUUUUUCAAGUUCCGUACAAAUCGGUGUCUUCCGAGUACCCCAAGACCGACCUCAACCGCUACUUGAUCUUGUCACCCCUUGCCGACUACUAUAAUUGGGGUUCGCAGUCUGAUGAUGACUACAAGCUCUCAUACGAGUACCACACCGUCAUUGCAGAAGGCUACGAGCGGAUCCUUGGCAUGAGAGUCCCAUUGACUUUGAGGGGCUGGACCAACGUUGGUAUCGACAAUAUCCUUCAGGGCUUGUACCACCUUGCUGAGGAUCUUCAUGCCCAUGUUGGGCGAAUUCAGCGAGAAGUACUCGGUCUCGACAAUCCAGAUACCUGGAUCAGUCGUGAACAUGAGGGAUUGGCCAUGCACUACCAAACCAAAUUCAGUGAAGCGGUGCAGGCACUCUCAGAAGCAUCAGAAUACCUUGAUCGAACAGCUGGGCCAUCGGCCAAGUACUCAUUGUUUUGUAAACUCUAUCUUGGCUACGCACUUGAUCAGAGCAAAAAGUAUGAGACAUCGCAUUCCCUGUUUGAGGAUGCGUGGAAAGUCUGGGACUCGAUUAUGGGUCCAGAUCAUCCGGCGACACAAAUGACCCGCGCGUUCCUGGGAAUAGCUUGCCACAAACUUGACAGACUACAAGACGCAUUGGGGCAUUUGAUUCCCGUCUUUGACUCCAGGGUUCAGACAAUCGGAUUGCGCAUGCCUCAUGCUUUUGACACUGGAGUGGCCCUGGUCUAUCUCUACAGGGACAUGAACCUGCCCGAUCAGGCAUUGGCUCGAUUUGAUUUGAUGACCCAGCCUGAUUUUCUUGAUUUUCAAAGCUUUGAAAGACAUUGUCAAGCAUCCCAUGUUCGAGCACUUCUUCAUACGGACGAGGAGGAGUUCGAUGAUGCGGAGCAAAUACUCAUCAAGAUCCUAGACGAGGCAGGGAACCGGCCAGAGCCUGAUCGAGACAAUCGCGAAACGUUUUGGAUCCGCUUGCUGCUUGCAAAUGUGCAGCGGCGGCUGGGACGUCCGGAGAAACAUGUUCUUCAGCUUUUUGAAGGAAUCACCCGCUCCUCAGCACAGGGUACUGGCAUUGCUCAAGAUACUACAUCACAGCUGGAGAUUACGGAAAAGGCCUUGCGUCUCACGAAGAAGGCGGACCUUGUGUCGGCUAUCGAGUUGUUGCAAAGUAAUAAUCUGACCUGGAACCGUCCAGAGUCAUUCUGGAUCACAACUGGAGGUCCAGUCUACGACACGGCAUGGGCGAGUGUGGAAAGGUUCCAGGUCAGCCAGGCCUGA